CAGAUAUGCAACACACACUACCCACACCUCUACACCAUUUAUUGUGCGCGCAUUAGCAUAAUAAUAUUUUAUAGUGUCUGUAUCCUUCUCAAAUUAAAGUUAUUUGUGCACAAAGCGAAGUACUGCCUUCACAGGAUGUAUGGUUGAGUCCUGGCUCAUUCUACAUGCAAUCCUUUGAUUCAAAAUGCUAAACCCAAGUCCCCGUUGGAUUCCGCCUUUCAAUAAUCCGUAACUGCACUUCAUGGUUGAGCAGAUUUCGUGGCCUCGUUGGAUUCUAAAGCCGGAAAAAGAUUCAAUUUUUAAAAGGGGUGGUGAGAAAAUGUCCUCGUGGGAGCAUUUUGGGGAAAUAGCAAAUGUGGCCCAGCUCACGGGAAUCGAUGCCGUGAAGCUGAUAGGGAUGAUAGUACAAGCUGCAAGCACGGCCCGUAUGCACAAAGAGAACUGCCGGCAAUUUGCACAGCACCUGAAACUGAUCGGGAACCUUCUAGAGCCGCUCAGGAUUUCCGAGCUUCGGAAUUAUCCGGAAACUCGGGAGCCUAUUGAGCUGCUGGAGGAUGCACUGAGGAGGUCAUAUGUACUGGUCAAUAGCUGUCGUGACAGGAGCUACUUGUACCUGCUUGCAAUGGGUUGGAAUAUUGUUUACCAGUUCAGAAAGGCCCAGAGUGAAAUCGACCGUUAUUUGAAGAUCAUACCUCUCAUUGCUCUCGUUAAUAGUGCUCGUGUUCAGGAAAGACUCGAAAUGAUUGAAAAGGACCAACAAGAAUACACAUUGAAUGAUGAGGAUCAAGAGGUGCUAGACGUGAUCCUCAGACGUGAGCCAUUGCAACACGACAUGAUUUUUCUGCAGAAAACACUUUCCUGUUCAUACCCGGACAUGCCUAUUAAGGAGGCUGUCAAAAAGGAAAAUGAGAAGCUUCAAGUGGAAUUGCAAUACUCGCAGUCCAAUAUGGAUGUCGGCCAGAGUGAAGUGAUUAGAUAUCUGCUUGAAGUUAUGGAAACUUUUGCAGAAGCUCCUUUCCCUGAGGAUAGUGUGAUUGUAAAACAAUCCAAGGUGGAAUAUGAUAAAAACAGCUCGGAGAACACUGAAAAACAAGCAGCUUCAGGGAAAAUGUCUUCAGUUUCCUUUAAACAAAAUUUACGAUCAUCUGAAGGUUCAAUUGACGAGUGGCAUUCUGAUCUGCUCGGCUGCUGUUCGGAGCCUCUUCUCUGCUUAAAAACCAUGCUUUUCCCAUGUGGCACGUUUUCCAGGAUUGCUUCUGUAGCAACAAAGAGACAUAUCUCUUCAGCAGAUGCCUGUAAUGACCUGAUGGCUUAUUCUUUAAUAUUCUCAUGCUGCUGCUACACUUUUUACGUCAGAAGGAAACUUCGUACGACGCUAAACAUCAAGGGAGGACUAUUUGUUGAUUUUCUUGCUCACCUCAUGUGUUGUUGUUGUGCCCUUGUCCAAGAAUGGCGAGAAAUAGAAGCUCGUCAGUUUAAAGGCCCUCACGUGACAAGAACAAGCCCUCCAACUAUUCAAUACAUAGAAUAUUAGAUAGGCAGUUUAUGUAAAAAACAUGGAUGUUCGUUCGGACCAUAUCCGUUUGGAAUGUUUUGAGUUCUAUGUGUGUCUUAUCACUUUCUGUACAGGACAUUUUCUCCUAGUUGUGGAUGUCUAACAUGUCACGUAUUCUUUGAGGUCGUUGUGCUUUCACAUGGUUACAGUUUGGUUAUUCUUUGUAUAAAAUGCCCUCUCACGCUCUCUUUUUUUUUGUUCGUUUUUUGGUCUUCUCGGCAUAAUUCAUGGGUCUAUAGUUUGUGUUGCGAC